UCAUAUAACACAACCGAAAAUUGUUUUAUCAAUGAUUUAUUAAUUUUACAAUAUUUUAUUUUUGUUUAAGUAUUGAAAGCAUAAAAAUUUUUAAUUAAAACGUCCUUCAUUAUAUUUGAAAACUGUAAUACCUAAAAUCAUGGUUCUUGAUUCCCAUACAAAAAGAGAGCUAGAAAUUCUGAACCCCGAUUCAAGUAAACCGCCUUUAGGUAGAAUAGAUGUUUUAACACCACACAAAAUAGCUGUUGUUCUACUUGUUCAACAAUAUUUGAAAGUUAAACAAAGUGUUGCUGAAAAUGCCGGUAGUGAUGGAAAAGGUUCAUUAUCUCCUCAUACAAGAAGAAGAUUUUGUAUGCUUUUGUUAAAAUUAAUUCAGUUUCCUGAUAUGAGUUAUAAAGAGUUACACAACAUGUUAACAUCAGCAAAAUAUAAAAUCGAUCCCAUACAAUUAGAAGGUUUUGAAAAAUGUAUGAGCGAAUUAAAUAUUCUAGGAAUAGAAAAUUUAUUAGAUUUAUUUGAUAUGCAAUCGGUAAUGGACAAACUAUUGUCAGAGGGAACCAGUGCCACACAUGUAAAUCAGUUUGCAAUUGUAGGAUUAUAUAUAAGGCGAAUUAUAGCUAUUUUAGAAAAAUUAACAUUCGCUGAAAUGAAAGCACUUUAUAAAAGUAUAAGCUUAUAUUAUGAAAAAGGAAUUAGAGCUCUAGCUAUUUCAGGAGCGGAUUCGAAUAUUGAAAGCCAAACAGAUCUUAAUAUAUCUGAUGAAAUUCUUGAUACAAACAUGGUUCAUAGAGAUCGUAAUAGUCAUAGUAAGUGGUCCUAUAAACAAGCAGAAUUGUUUAUAGCGCAACAAUGUUUACUUUUGGAAAAUAAUGAACUAAGAGCGUUGUCACCAAUUGACUUACAUAGUAAACUUAAUGAAAUUAUCCAAGAUAAUCCUUUAUUUUCUCAAGCAUACUUUUUGUCAUAUAUGAAUUAUUUGCGCCUUCAUGAUUAUUUUAGUUCUCUGGAUGCUCUAUAUCGAACAUUCGAUCGAAAUCCAGUUCAAAAUAAUAAUACACCAGAUCAACGUGGAUUUGAAUAUUCCAGUUUAAAUCUGGCAAUAAUGCAUGCCAGUUUUGAUCAUAAAACUGAAGCUUUGAAAAGUUUAAAAGAAUGUAUUAUGCUAGCGCAAGAAUACGGGGAUAAACAAUGUUUAGAUUUAGCAAAUGCUUGGUAUUGCAUUUUGAAUUCAGAAAAUAUUGAUCCAUUAGAUAAAUGUUUACCAGAUCAGAAUGAUUUGGGAAUGAUUGAAUUACUUACUCUAAGUAUUCAAUUUGUAGUAAAGGUUGCGGCGAACUGCGGGUAUCGUCCUUCAGAUCUUUUUCAAAUGCUAUUGAAAAGUGAUAAAAUAAAUUGUCGAAAUUCAUUGAUCGAAUAUAUUGGCAGUUCUCUGGCAAUACGUUCAGCUCUAUGGACGUUAUAUGGUAAAAAUGAAAUAGCUUCAAUUUGCUCUCAACUUCUAUUAAAACUUAAAAAAACCUGGAUAUUUGGGGAUUAUGGAAAUAGUGAAAGUGUCUGUAAAGUCUUAUGUUCUUUAGCUUUAUGGUUGAGUGAGCAGGGAGAAUAUAAUUUAUCUGCAGUAGUUCUCCAUCAUACUAAAGAAAGAUUUCCAAGAACCCCUUUAGCAAAUAAUUGGAUGUUAUGUGACAACUAUAUUACAAUUACACAAUGUGUGCACAGAUGCCUUUGGCAAGAAGGUAUGACAGCCUGUUGUCAAUUAUAUAUAUUUGACAAUAAAUUAAGUAUAUUACAACGAGCUUCAAUUUAUAUCACUAAGCGAAAUGUUGCGAUAGCCAGAUUAAUUCUUGAUAAACUAUUAGAAGAUCAAAAUUUAGAUUCUUUAACAAAAGUUCGAGCUUCAAUAUUAUUGGCAUAUAGUAUGAUCAAUCCUGAUGGUAUAUCAGCUCAAACUAUUGAUAUUUUAGGUGAAGCUUCAAAAAUAAGUAAAGAUGAGUAUUUAGAGUAUGAAGCGGCUAUUAUUGACAUGAUGUUUGCCUAUAUUUUAUUAGAGAAUGGUAUGUCACAAAAAGCUUUUUGUACCAUUCGCAAUUGCAUGGAAGUUAUUUUGGCAAACGGUGGAAUAUAUGAUAAAGCAAAAACGUAUUUUGUAUUUAUUAAAUGUCUGGUUGCGUCUGCAGCAACAAUAGAAGAGAAAAUUCAAAAUAUUAAUGAUUCCAUGAGUAUAAUUCAAACUAUUAUUAAAUAUUUUAAAAAACUAGAAAAUCAUACAAAAAUUUUAGAUGUUUACAGUUACUUAGCUCAUACUUUUCAUAGUUUAAAUUUAAUUCCCGAAAGAAAUAAAUACGCUUGUAAAUUUAGACAAUACCAAAAUGAGUGUAAUAUACCUGCUGAAUAUUUAAAUGUGUUCUUCUAA